AUGCAUCAUCGAAAGGAAAAUAGUGGUGAAACGAGAAAUAACAAUGAAAGAGAAAAAUUGCAAAAAAAAGCAAAAAGUUCAGAUGAAACAGAAAGAAUUAAGCGACAUUCAAGUAAAAUUUCCGGAGCAAUCUUAAAAUCAGCGAAGCAACCAAGAAAAACUAAAUUGCACAAAUCGACAAAAGCGCCAUCGAAGAAAAUUCAUUCAACGAUCAGCAGCCCGGCGAUUUGUGGAAAAGCAGAAGCUGCUAUGGUCAAAAAAUAUCGAAGCAAACAAAAUGAAAACAUAGCAGUCAAAAGUUUACGUAAAACACUACGAUCAUUGCGUGAAAUUCCGGGACGGUCACCGUCUUCAUUAAGUCGGCAAAGUUUGAAAAGUGCUCGAAAAAGGAUGAAAGCAUUCUUUAGCCGCUCUAUGCGUGAUGUGACAGUGCAAAAGUUUGUUGAGAAAAUUAAAAAACGGAAUGAAAUACGGAAAGGCAGCACUUUCAAAGCGAAAGUGCCAGAAAUACCAUUACGAAGUGCAGACGAAAAAUUUCCAUUUAACUAUCGAGUUGAAAAGUAUGAAUCAGAAAUGAGAGAGGAUAAUGACAAAAUUACUUCGCCAAAGAUACCAAUUUCAAGAGUGUCAAACAAAAAUAAUGCAGGAAAGCUAUUCGACGAAGAUGGUUUACCAUUUUGGAAUAAAUUAAGUAAAGUACAAAAGGAUAGCGAAAGAAAUAUCGAAGAGGAAACUGAUGAAAAUUUACCCAUGGAUUCGGAUGUAUUACUUGAUGUUCAGGCUGGUCUGCGUAAGCUUGUUAAAAUGCCUAAAAUUAGAAUUGUAAUGGAUCCAUAUGCAUCUUUGGAUUAUUUGAAAUCUCGCGAUAAAAUUUUUUUCACUGCUGAAGUAAUCUCCAGCAAUACGAUUCGAUCAAUGGUGAAUUUAAACGAUGAGCUAAGCGAUAAGGAGAUAAUUUCUGAACGAAAUCGAAAAUUAGGCACGAUAUUGAUAGAAGAACCAAUUAAAAUAACACGAUAUGAUCGAAAUGAUCCAUUAAUACAUGAGCAAAUACCAAUAUAG